AUGGCGUUGGCUCGCAUCAGUUUGGAACCUCCUCCACAUAUAGAUCCAACAAAAGCGACCUUAGCAUAUGGGCGGUUGGCAAUCCAACGACUGAACCGUGAGCUCGGCGAUUCCGAAUUGUUGAUUCGUCAACGAGCUGUCAAAGCUUUGUGUGACUAUUUGCACGACCACGAGCACAUUGCCGAGGCGGUCAAAGAAGGAAUCAUCAGAUCUCUGGACAAAUUGCUCAGCGAUCCAGAUGUACCUUGUAGAGCGUAUGCAACCGAGUGUUUCGUGGUUCUCUGUCAACAUGAGUUGGGGCGCAUGGCCUUUUUGGAAAACGACAUACUCUCCAGUUUCUUCAAGCUUAUCAAAAUGACCGAGGAGGACAUUGUCAGACUGAAUGCACACAAGGCAAUCGAACUGUUGUCCACUUCUCCCUCUGGAGCGGAACAGAUUGUCGAGUACGGUUAUGUACCAUUGUUGAUUGACUGUGCACGGGAAGAAAACGUUGAAAUUAAGUUAUUUGUAAUGGAUACGUUGAAUCGUUGCCUGAGUGUGAACACCCAGAAGGGGUUGGAUGCAGAAGGUGUGGCUCUGUUCACCAAACUUUUGGGUUAUGAGAGUUCGGAGGUUCGAUACCGAGCUGCACAAAAUAUUCUGCGUCUUUGUGUAGACCCCCUGGGCAAACAGAAGGCGUUGGAUGAUGAAACUAUACCGGCUCUGGUUGGUAUACUUACCGGAGAUUCAGAUAAAGCAAUGGCUUCCGCGGCCGGUGCACUAGCUUUUAUCUGCACUACCACUCACGGACGUUAUACCGCUCUGAAUGCGGGUGCCAUACCGCAUCUUCUCAAUUUAGUGGACCAUCCAAACAGUCGGGUUCGGGUUAACUCACUAAAGGUAAGUAAGCAAAAUAGGGAUUUUGUGUUAUCAUAG